AUGAUGACUUUUGUGGUGUCGCUCAUCUUCACGAUCCUGGACACCGUCUUGACCUUGGUGGCCACUCUCGCCACGCAGGUGAUUGACUUUGCGACGAGGAGCGUCACGGCCCGCGCCGCACGUUUCGACGAAGACACGACCCUUUCAUCGUGCGCCCAUCGCCUUGACAGCGCGGAGCCUCUGACCCUGACGCUUGCCGACGCCCGCGCGCUAAGCUACGCCCAGUUCGGAUCGACGAACCCGACAGCCAAAACCGUCUUCUUCCUCCACGGCUGGCCAGGCUCUCGCAUCGAAGCAACAUAUCUCCAUGAGGCAGCCAAGGCCAACAACGUCCGCAUCAUCGCCGCGGAUCGGCCUGGGAUAGGGAAAUCGACCGCGGACCCGAACCGGACGCUGCUGUCUCACGCCGACGACAUCCAACAACUCGCACAGCAUCUUCACGCCGACGAAUAUGGGGUCCUCGGCGUCUCGGGAGGCGGCCCGUAUGCCUUGGCCUGCGCCCGAGCGCUACCCGCCGACAAGCUCAAAGUCGUCGCAAUCGUCUGCGGCCUGGGUCCAGCGGAUAUUGGAUACUGGGGCAUGUACAUCAUGAACUACCUGGGCUGGACAUACGCGGCGCGCUACACGCCGCGCUUUCUCGGGUGGUGGUUCAACCGCGAGCCAACCGGGCGGCUGGAUCGCAGCAGAAAAGAGCGCAUGGACAUGUUGAUCAAGAGCUUCGAGUCGUCACAGGCGAGCCUGCCGCCAAAGGACGCCAGAAUCUUUGGCGACGCGGACGUGAUGAAGGUGCAGAUCCGGACCGAAGAGGAGGUGCAUGCGCAAGGCACGCAAUUCUGGCUGCAGGACAUGAAGCUGAUUGCGUCGGACCCGGGAUUCGACGUUGCAGACAUUCGCAACGAUUUGACGGUGCAGCUGCUGUAUGGCAGAGCUGACCGGAACGUGCCGCUCAAACAUGGCGAGGAGAUUGCGAGGAGAUUGACACGUCGCAGAGGAGGGACAGACCAUCGCGUGACCAUAAAGGUGAAGGAACAUGAGACGCAUGCAAGUAUCUUCUUUGACUACAGAGACGAGUUUCUACGAGACAUGGCAUGCGCCAUGUACGUGCGUCGAUACAACAGCGAUCGCACGCUGUACGUUGACUUGCCUCUGAGGCUCUAA